UAAGUGCAAUAAGCCUCCACAUCCACCCGCCAUGAUAACUGUGGAGGCGGGGCUCGGCGCUGACCUGGCUGCCUCUAUGCGCAUGUUCGGCUCGAGUUCUCAGCUGAGGGGAGCAGCGGCCCGCUUGGGCCAAUGGCGCAGGGCCGGAGUUACGAGUUCCGUCUCCAAGGGUAGCGGUGAGAUCGAAACCAGGUCCCGUAGUAAAGGCGGGGCUGAAGAUGGAGGGUGCCAGGAGCCGAUGCGCGAUCGGUGGGGGCAGCAUCUUUGAGGAUGAAGGCAUGAAACUACGACAGCUGAAACUAGAGAAUCAGAGAGCCCUUCUAGAGAAAAAGCAGAAGAAGAAACGUCUUGAUCCCUUGAUGGUACAGCCAAAUCCCGAGGCAAAGCUGCACAGGUUGAAGCCCAAAGGGUGUGAGGAACAGACUCCUUUAGUAGAAACUCCUGCCACGUUCCACAGUGAUGUUGUGUUACAUGGCAUUGAUGGACCAGAUUCUUCCUUGAAAUCAGAAGUGCAAGAUUUAGGAACCAAACUCCAAACUUUCUCUGUUGGAUCUUCCAUAACAGCAGGAAAUGCAGAUGAGAAAAACAAUGAACAUGCUCUAACAGAAACAUCAGGCAAUGCAGAUCUGCAAGAAAUCUUACAGAAAAGAGGAAUUUCAGGCAGUUUGAAUUUUGAUGAGGAGGACAUGGAAGAAGAGGAGGAAGAAACAAGUAAGAGACCAGCAUCUCAGUCACCACAUCCUGAAUCUGAGAGGCCUAGUUCUGCAACCACUGAGAAAUCCUUUGCAGAAAUAGGUGCUUCCUGUAGUCCAUCCCCUCAGGCGGUUGCACAUCUGGGAGAAGUAGAGAACUUGGAGGAAUUUGCAUUGCUCCCUGCGCCACGUGGUAUUACAAUCAAGUGUCGAAUCACUAGAGAUAAGAAGGGAAUGGACCGGGGCCUCUUCCCUACUUAUUACAUGCAUCUGGAAAAGGAUAACAACAGAAAGAUGUUUCUUCUUGCAGGUAGAAAACGAAAAAAGAGUAAAACGUCCAAUUAUGUCAUAUCAGUUGACCCAACUGAUUUAUCCCGGGAAGGGGAAAGUUUCAUUGGAAAACUCAGGUCAAACCUCAUGGGAACUAAAUUUACAGUCUAUGACCAUGGAGUUAGCCCAGUCAAAGCACAAGGUCAAGUGGAUAAGGCUCAUACUCGACAAGAACUUGCAGCUAUUUAUUAUGAAACCAAUGUGUUAGGAUUCAAGGGUCCCAGAAAAAUGUCUGUAAUCAUUCCAGGAAUGAAUAUGAAUCAUAAGAGAAUUCCAGUCCAGCCACGAAAUGAAAAUGAGAGUCUUCUGUCAAAAUGGCAAACCAAAGAUUUAGAGAACCUCAUUGAGUUGCACAACAAGGCUCCAGUCUGGAAUGAUGAUACUCAGUCCUAUGUUUUGAAUUUCCAUGGGAGAGUCACUCAGGCCUCAGUGAAGAACUUCCAGAUUGUCCACGACAAUGACCCUGACUACAUUGUGAUGCAGUUCGGUCGUGUAGCAGAAGAUGUUUUCACUCUGGACUAUAACUAUCCUCUCUGUGCUCUUCAGGCCUUUGCUAUUGGACUGUCCAGCUUUGAUAGUAAAUUGGCCUGUGAAUGAGAAACAGCCAACUUGACACAUGGAACUCACUCCCAUCUCUGUAUCUUGUUAGAAUUCAAGGUGAAGUAAUGAAAAGCAUAUUGGGGGCGGAAAGAUACUGGAAGACAAUUUUUUGUAGGCUUAUUGGAAAGUAAAUAGCAGUCCUGAGGGCAUUUCGGUAUUUAACGGUGGACUGUCUUAGGAGUCUGCCUCUGUAUGCUUUGUGGAAGAACAAGGAACAUGAGCGAUGUUUUUGUUGUCAGAAUUAUUUUUGCUUUUAGAACCUUUGCAUCAGCUGCUGCUUGAGCAGGCUUAGAAAUUUGUUUCACUACUGAAACCCUUUGCAGCUAGGAUUAGACAAAUAAUGGUUUAGUGUUCAUGUACCCUGAAUCUUCAGCAGUGCCCCUGGAGAUGAUGCUACUGAUAUGACUUUGAGUUUCUGGUCAGAUUAAGCAAGAAAAAAGGAGGGCAGUGUAUGUUCUGUCUUGCCCUGUGCAGUAUUCUGCAGCCUGUUAACAGCAGUGAAAGAGAAAAGGGUUCAGAUUAAGCCUAUGCGCAACUCUAGUUAGUAGUCAGCGAACACAGGGCUGGACUGAGAUACUGGCUCUAGUGAAACGUCUCUUACUUUGUGGAAUGAAUCUCUGUUAAAGCUGAUAGUCUUAUUUUCCUUUCAUUAUCCUAAUUGCUUCAUGUCCCUUAAUAUACUUCUUAACAAAUGAAGCAUCACUCCCUUUUAAUUUGGCAAAAUUAUAUCCAUUGGUGUUAUUUUUAACUACGUGAAAUAUAAGAUUGAAUAGAUUGAAUUGAACACAACUCUGGCCGAAAGUAGUAUUGUACUGCUCCUGAAAAGCAGUGUUGGGAUCUAGAUCAGAAAUACUUUUUAAUUUGUACUUUAUUUGUAAAAAUUUUCUAUGUUUUUAGGAAUGAGCAAGAUGUAAUUGGUUUCUUUUUUUUGUUUUGUUUGUUUGUUUAAUGUGAGAUUAUCUCAAGUUAUGACGCUUUGUAGUAGGUUUCAUUAAAAUGAUUUUAAUCUGCAUGUAAGAUACCUCAAGAGGAGAUUACUGUUGUUUUCAAAGGCAUCAGCAAGUUAAAAGAAAAAGAAAACUAUCACGAGGCUCUACAGUGUUUCUUUCCCGUGUUCCCAUUUAAAUGCUGGAUUGCACAAUUUGGAAUCUGUAGGUUACACCGUGGGACAUUUCUUGAUUCAUACGGCUUUGAUUUAUCAGUGAGUUGCUACAUGCUGAUACACAAGCCUCAUAGUGCUCACAUCUGCUGUGUACUAAAGCACAACAGCUAAUAACUUGCCACUUCCAUGGCUACUAUGCAUAUCCACAAUGAGCCUGGAAAACUGCAUCUUCUAUUAAGACAAGAAACAGCAUUCUUCAGUUUUGCAUGUUGCUACUAUCAGCGGGUGGGCUCUGUUUCAGACUACUAAGAAGCAGACACUGCUUUUGGUCUCCAGUGUCUUUGCAGUGGUAGGUAUAACCUGUUCUUUCAAAAUGGAAGCAGGAAAUGACCUCAUAGGGUUUAAUUUCCCUGGAAAAAAAAAAAAAAGAAAAAAAGAAGAAAAAAAAAAAACAGUCAUCAUUUGUAAACUUUGUAUUUAAUCGUAAAUUAUAAACUCGGGCUGGAGGACCAACUCUGCAAAAUGUUGGAGGCCCAAUCUCAUAUACCCAUUCUGUAGGAGGGCCAUUGUACUCAAAGAGAUCUCAUCAGCAUAUCAGUCAGCAAAGAGAACUGAUAGCAUGAAUAUCCUUUGUGCCUUCAUGUACUUCCUGCUUAUCAGGCCAGGGACAAGAUCAGGCAGUGUUCUCAAGUUAUGUUCUGCUGAAUUCUUUAGCUCCUGGUUCUGCCUUCCUUUUACUCAUCCAGAAAUACUAAAAAGUCUGUUUAGUAAUCUGAUUAUUUUUUUUUUUUCUGGUUAGGACAGUGUGAAAGAAAUUGCACUGCAUUAGUUUGGUGUGACUUGAAGGUCUUGAAGGUUGAAUGCUGAUUUCCAAUUCAAGAUGAUUUUGCUCUGUUCUAAAAAAUUCGUGGUGGCAUUGCUUGACAGUAAUGCCAGUUAGCAGUGGAUCUUCAAGUCAUUUGUUGAUGUCAGAUCAUCUUCACUGGGCCAAAGUCUCGGAGCCUUGAUCAAGUUAUGUGGACAGAUUAACUGCAUCAGUGCUCUUUUAUUAGAUACUGUUUUACAUCAAUUGUAUUUAUAAUUUUUAUAUCUCAAUGCAAAUAAAUAAUUUAUAUAUUGGAAAACUCAA